AUGCAUCAUUAUUCAGCAAAUAAUAACUUCUUUGCCGAUGCGAACCGAUGUAAUUGCAUAGAAUCUGAUACAAAGUAUAGUAUCGUUUCUAUAUUUAACUAUGAAUCUAUACUACAGUCGUAUAAUCAUAUCACCUUAUUGCUAGAAUAUAGGCAAAUAAAUUCAUAUCAAAUAUGGAAGCAAAACUCAUCGCUUCUGUCUAACUAUCCAAAUGGCUAUCAAAAAGUUAGAGGUGAUAAUUGGGAUGAAUUUCAAGGUUUAGCAAGAUCUGAUGUAAAGAACUGCCUAGAUUAUACAGGUACUGAAUAUGGAUGGUGGUAUAGCAUAGGUGCAUCAGAUCGCGGAUAUGGAACUCACGUUCCUGGGCCAAUUAUUGAUGGUGUCCAGUAUUUAGUAUAUUAUGUUGAUUUAUGGAUCAAAGUGCAUAAUCCGGCUUUAUCUUGUCCUCAGUUAUGUUCCUAUAUUAUGAACUUGAAUAUCUACCUAACACAAUUAUUAUCAUAA